CCAGGAGGAGGGCGGGCGGAACAGGGACAGACGAGACAGGCCAGACAGACGGGACGGAGCGAGCCGGGGCGGCAGCAGCGUGCGGUGGCCAGAGACCGGGGGACCCAGCUGGAUUUUUGGGGCUCCCGUGGGGACAGAGCCCAGGACGCCCCAACCCGCAGACAAAGCGCCCCCCCCCCCCCACGGCUGCCCGGGACCUUCCUUCAUGACUUUUUGCAGAAGCUUUCGUUUCCUCCUCGUCCACGCUCCCGUCUUCUCCUGGCUGGCGGGGCGAAGGCUUUGAUCUGGGGGGGCCGCCCGGGUGUCCUCCCUCUCUUGGAGCCCCCCCCACACACACCCGGCAGCUGUGUCAGAUCUCGGCUCCAGUGACCUCCAGGGGGGCCGGGCCUAGCUGCACCCACGGGCCCCAUGGAGGGGCAGCCUGGGGCCCCCACCCCCCGCCCUCCACCUCCCCGGACGCCCUGAGCCCCCUCCCCGCCGCCCAAGUUCAUGCCCCGCCGUGCCAGGCCUCCGGGGCCCCUCUCUCCCCGUCUUGCGCCUGCUGGCCCUGGGUCCAAGGCAGCCGCCACGCUGCCCGGGCCGGGCCUGAAGAUGGGGGUGCCCCGGACUCUGGUGGCACUGGCCCUGCUGAACCUGGCGACCGCCAGCCUGGCGCUGUCCACAUGCACCUCCCUGGACCUGGGUCACAUCAAGAGGAAGCGUGUGGAGGCCGUCCGGGGCCAGAUCCUCAGCAAGCUGCGGCUCACCAGCCCGCCCGAGCCCUCCGCCGUCACCCACGUGCCCUACCCGGUGCUGGCCCUGUACAACAGCACCCGCGAACUGCUGGAGGGGCUGCAGGCCCAGCACCACGAGGGCUGUGCCCAGGGCAACACCGAGUCUGAGUACUAUGCCAAGGAGAUCCACAAGUUUGACAUGAUCCAGGGCCUGGCCGAGCACAAUGAGCUGGCCGUCUGCCCCAAGGGCGUCACCUCCAAGGUUUUCCGCUUCAACGUGUCCUCUGUGGAGAAGAACGGAACCAACCUGUUCCGGGCGGAAUUCCGGCUUCUGCGUGUCCCCAACCCCAGCUCCAAACGCCAGGAGCAGAGGAUCGAGCUCUUCCAGGUCCUGCGGCCUGAUGAGCACAUUGCCAAGCAGCGCUACCUGGGUGGCCGCAGCCUGCCCACCAGGGGGGCCGCCGAGUGGCUGUCCUUUGACGUCACUGACACCGUGCGCGAGUGGCUGUCCCGGAGAGAGUCCAACCUGGGCCUGGAAAUCAGCAUCCACUGCCCCUGCCACACCUUCCAGUCCAACGGGGGCAUCCUAGAGAACGUCCACGAGGUCAUGGAGGUCAGGUUCAAAGGUGUGGACAGUGAGGAUGACCAUGGCCGGGGGGAUCUGGGUCGCCUCAAGAAGCAGAAGCAGCACCACAACCCACACCUGAUCCUGAUGAUGAUCCCGCCCCACCGGCUGGACGGCCCCGGGCAGGGCGGCCAGAGGAAAAGGCGGGCUCUGGACACAAGCUACUGCUUCCGCAACCUGGAGGAGAACUGCUGCGUGCGCCCGCUCUACAUUGACUUCCGGCAGGACCUGGGCUGGAAGUGGGUGCACGAGCCCAAGGGUUACUACGCCAACUUCUGCUCGGGCCCCUGCCCCUUCCUGCGCAGCACCGACACCACCCACAGCACGGUGCUGGGCCUGUACAAUACCCUGAACCCCGAGGCGUCGGCCUCGCCGUGCUGCGUGCCCCAGGACCUGGAGCCUCUGACCAUCCUGUACUACGUGGGCCGGACGCCCAAGGUGGAGCAGCUGUCCAACAUGGUGGUCAAGUCGUGCAAGUGCAGCUGAGCUGGGCCGCCUGACACCCGAGACACAGGCAAAGAAGGGCGGUGGGCGGCUCGCCUGGGCGGGGGUCUCUGCUGCCCCCAGCUCCAGGGAGCCCGGGCAGCCCGCUCACCUGCUGACAGCCCCCCACAGGGCCGCCCUGCACCUCUGCACCCCCAGGGCUAAGGACAAGGCCGCUGGUUUGAAACUACCCCUGGGUGCCGGCUGCAGGGGACAGUCCAGGCCGUGGCUCUCGACCCCAGGCCUCGGGGGCUCUUCUCGUCUCCCCCCACCAGUGAGCAGCCGCCCCCCCCCCCCGCCCCGGGAGGACUGGCCGACGCCUCCAAGGUCUGGGCUGCGCCUGUCUGAUUGGGGGCCCCCACCCCAGCCUCUCCGUCACUCUGGGGAUCCUGGAAGCAGGUGUUACCGUGUGAGGCCCCCACUGGGCGGUGUGGCCCCUGACGCAGACUGAGGUAUAAAGACAAACACAAGUAUUACUCUCAAAAUCUCUGUACGGAGGUAGUGUGGGGUGGGGGAUCUUGGGUUAUUUCAUCUUCUGGAAGAUUGUUUUAGAGAGCAGUAAAAGCCUCAUUCUAAGGUG